AUGUCUGUCACGAAUCUUUUCAAGCAAGAAAAGACAUUCAGUACCUACAACAAGGACCAAGCAGAGCACUAUGCGCACAUCCGUCCCAACUACCACUCCAGUGUCUAUGACACUAUCCGCAGCCAUCAUUCUUCGACCGGAGGUCAGUUCGGGUCCCUUCUCGAUGUAGGCUGCGGUCCCGGCACUGCGACUCACUCGCUGGCACCCUACUUCACUGAGACCUUCGCUAUCGAUCCCUCGGAGGGGAUGAUCCAAGCCGCACAGUCUACAAGUGGCGAUAAGGAUACGUCCAAGUCGGUGCGAUUCGGCGUAUCUACUGCCAGCAAGCUGGGCUCCGACCUCUCGCCGGCAAUUCCAGAUAACUCGGUGGAUUUAAUCAUUUCCGGCAACGCAGCACACUGGUUCAACUUAGACGAAUUCUGGCCCAAUGCAGCCCGUGUCUUGAAGCCAGGGGGUAGUGUUGCCCUGUGGACCUCUGGCGGCCUGCACGUGCAUCCAUCGACGCCGAACGCCGCUGCCAUUGAAGCUGCUCUUCUCCAGCUCGAAGAGACGCACCUUGUGCCGUACUUCGAGCCUGGGAAUCGCUUGACCCGAGACGGGUACAAGAGUCUUGCGCUGCCGUGGACAUUAGACACGCCCGUCAAGGAUUUUGAUGAGAGCACUUUCUUCCGCCGCGAUUGGACGGUUGAUGAGCAGUUUCUCGAGCGUCAGAGGGCCGUGAAUAUGGAUCAGUUGGAAAAGAUACUCGGGGUGGGAAGCCCUGUCACCCGAUGGCGGGAGGCGCACCCGCAUGCCAUUGGAACUGAAGAAGACGUUGUUAGAAAAGGCCGCAGGGUUACAGAACGGCUGCUGCAUGAAGCCGGAGUCAAGGAAGGGGAAGAGUUGCUUCAGCCUGCGAUCUGUGGUACUCUAUUGAUCGUGAAGAAGGUCUCGAACGCUGAGAAUUACUUAGACCCUCAAGUUUAG